UAUUCCAGCAACGACAAACGGGACGAAUCAAGUGCAAUUUAGUGAUGGUGUUGAUUCAACUGAUGAAAGUAUUGAAAAGCGUGAUAAACGAUGCACCAAAGCCAUUAAAUGCAAUUGGCAUGAUUGCGUAGACUCCAAUAAAACAAUCUCAAACUACCCGGAAUUAGAUUUACAUUGCGCAGCGGAAACAUACGCUCUAAAAUACAAUGUCUCCAAUCCUCCACAAAAAGAAUGUUUUGGAAGAAGCGAACAACGCAAGGAUCUGAUCACAUCUCCAAACACUUCAGAAGCAGCCUGCCAUUGCUUCGUCAAUGGCAAACCUAUUAAAAGUUGCCUGAUGAACCGCAUGACCAGUGAUUUACCAGAUAGUUCCGUUACCGAACCAAAUAAAGUUUGCAACAACAGAAAUAAUUUCAAUUGUCCGCGAUGUCAUUCUGUGAGGCAUUCAGUUACCUUCGAAUCUGAUGUAACAUUCGAUAAAAUUUCCGACUCAGAUUGUUCUCCCAGACUUUUUGUCAAUAGAAACAUGAGAUGUAAGGACGAAACCCUAACAAAUAAUAGUUUUAAAAAAUCAUCUGCAUCAACAAAAUGCUCAAAAAGUCAUCCAGGUUUUUGUCAAAGAAUAGAGCCAUGUGGUCAAGUAGGAGAAAAAAUACAAGAAGGAAAGUUGAUACCAAGUAUUAGAACAAUUAAUGGAGUGGAGGAAAUAUCAAGACUUACAUCGAACAAUACGACGUCUCUCGCGGUGCCAACCUUCGACAGUUUCAAUUCUGAAGAGAACCUCCAUAAAUUAGUUUAUUCUUUCGAUGGAAAUUAUACGCCUUCAAAUUCAUUUCACCAUGCGAAUAAUAAAGCAGAGAUAAAAGCAAAUAUGGAAUUAGGAGACGAAGAUGAAGAGGGUGUAGAGAAAGAAGAAUCAGGAAACGAGGAUGUACAAUAUCAUGCUGAGUUAAAAACAAUGCGAGAGCUGGAUAAAGAUGAAAGUGGUAGCUCAUCUGUAGCUGAAUGUCAAAAAGAGGAUCGACAUAUACAAGACUCUGGUGCUCCUCAAGACGUAUCAAUUGAAAAAAGAAUGCCAAAACCUAGAAUGGACCCUCUUCUGCUUCAUCCACAUUUACGUAAACCCAUUUCAUUUCCCAAGCCGAAAAUCAAUCGAUCGGUGUCUUCUUGCGUCGAGUUGGUUAAGCUGCAUUUCUCGGACGUGGAGACCCGACUAUUCGAAAUGUUUGGCAACAAGCAGACAAAGACCAUCAAUGUUAAGAAAUUCUUAGCAGGCCUCCUGACGACAGGUUUGCGGAGCGAUGACCCAAGGCUGCGGGAAAUGUACGAGAACGUCGAGGAAGUGAAGAACCGCAUCAACCAAGUCGAUGACGACAGCCUCUUGGUUGACUACCAGACAUUCAUGGGGAUCAUCUCUGAUAACCUUGAGAUAGUGGUUCGCGCAUUCAGCCACUCCUUCGUCAUCCCGGAGUUCCGUUCAUUCUGUGACGACAUUGACAAGAUUUAUCACCAAUGCAAGAACAACCAAAACGGACAAACCACUCAGUACAUCCCCCAACUGGCGAACAAGAACCCCAAGUUCUGGGCGGUGUCCAUGUGCACGGUGGACGGGCAACGCUACUCUGUUGGGGACGUGAAGGAGUCCUUCACCAUCCAGUCCUGCAGCAAGCCUCUAACGUACGCAAUAGCCUGUGCUGAAAACGGCCCUGAAAAGAUGCAUCAAUACAUUGGCUUUGAACCAUCAGGGAGAUUUUUCAACGAACUUUGUCUUGAUUAUAAAAACAAGCCCCAUAAUCCUAUGAUCAACUCAGGAGCUAUUCUGACAGCGGCUCUCAUCAAGCCAACCUUAUCGGCCGCUGACAGAUUUGAUUACAUCCUCGAGAUGUACAAGAGGCUGGCUGGCAGUGAAUACCUCGGCUUCAACAACUCAGUCUUCCUGUCCGAGAAGGAGUGCGCAGACCGCAACUUCGCCCUCGCAUACUUUAUGCGCGAGAACAAAUGCUUCCCGCCGGGCACCAAACUCCAGGAAACACUCGAGUUUUAUUUCCAAUUGUGUAGCCUGGAAAUAACUGCUGAGUCCGGGGCUGUGAUGGCAGCGACCCUCGCCAACGGUGGGAUCAACCCUCUAACCGGGGACCCCGUGCUGACGUGUGAGGCCGUACGCAACACCCUGACCCUCAUGCACUCCUGCGGCAUGUACAACUACUCGGGCCAGUUCGCCUUCAAGGUGGGGCUGCCCGCCAAGUCUGGUGUGUCGGGCUGCAUCCUGCUGGUGGUGCCCAACACCGUCGGCUUCUGCCUGUGGUCGCCGCCGCUCGACGCGAACGGCAACUCCGUCAGGGGCGUCGAGUUCUGCUCGGAGCUGGUGAACUUGUUCAAGUUCCACCAUUUCGACAACCUGCGGGGCAACACCUCCACCAAGAUUGACCCCCGCGUCACCAGGACCGAGUCGAGCGCUCAGGUCCUCUUCGACCUCCUCUUCUGCGUCGCCGCUAACGACGUCUCCUCCCUCAGGAGACACGCGCUGGCGGGUACCGACCUGGAGUCUGCGGACUACGACGGCCGCACGGCGCUGCACGUCGCGGCCUCGGAGGGCCACAUCGAGGUCGUCGAAUUCCUGCUCGAGAAGUGCCAGGUUAACCCUGCCCCCAAGGACCGGUGGCAACGAACACCCCUUGACGACGCGCGCAACUUCGGCCACCCAUUGGUGGAACAGCUGCUCGUCAAGUGGUGCAGGCAGCGCGGUAUUGAGGUGCCCCCUGCCAAACGUCCCUCCUCCACCAACUCCACCGCCACUACUCCCGAUAACGCUCAUAAGGAAAACUCUCAAGAUAAACAAUGAAAGGAUUCCUCCUCAUUCCGCUGCGUGUUUAUGGGACUUUGGGAGACGCGGAUCCAGGCGAGGGCAAAUGAGCGGCUGAAGCGGCUAAAGAUGAAGCACAUGAACGAGAUGGAGGAGGUGUUUUUAGUUUCAUCUUCUAGUAAUGAAGUGAAAAUCACGAUGCAACCUUUACCUGUGGACCAGAUAUCUCUAGGAAAUAACAACAGAUUCAGGAACUUAUGUCCUAUUAUGGCGAAAAAGCCAGUGAACGUCGGAGUUUUUCGCCAAAUUUCCCUCAAGUCUGAAAGUUCGCCGGAACAAAUCUCGGAAGAUGUCAACUUAAAUAAGGAAGAGGACGACACGAUGGAAAGUGAGACUGUAUUAUUUUUACCUGAGAGUCCAGGGCCUGACGUUAGAUCGAAGGUGAUUGAGGAAUCUGGUAAUGAACGGCAGCGUACAGUUAAUCUCAACCGCGAAACAUGCUUCUCCGCCUUGAUAAGGUGGAAACCACGUGAGAAGCGCUGUGAGGAACCUUUUUAAACUGCGGAUAGUUUAUUAAUUGAUUGAUUGGUCUCAUGGGUUUGGCAUGAACAGAUUAGAUAACGUAAAGAAAUAAUGAAGUCAAGUAAAGAAAUAAUGAGGGUUGUGAUCUCUUGUCAAUUUUUGUAGACAUUGAUAUGAACUAGUCAAGAAGAAGGCCAGUAAGUAUACAAUUUAUUCGAUUGCGAUCACUUGUACGUAAUUCCAGUCCUUGGUUUACGCUAAUUCCCAUGAGAGUCUCAAAUGAGAGCAAACAUUGAGCCCUUUGGAAUCUAUCACUUUAAGAGGAUGAACUAAAAUGUUCCUGUAGAAUAUUGUACGUAUAUGCAUUAUUUCUUAUGUGAAAGUUGUCGCAGACUCAUAAUUGCUACCGUGUUGUUUGUCCGUAAAUUUAAUAUAAUAGAUUUAGUCUGGAACAAACGAUCGAGGAAUGUUACCACAUGUAAAUAACCAAGCGAUCGAUGAUAAUGAGUAAAACGUGAGAG